GAAAUGUUGCAUAUAUAUAGUUAUCUUCCGAAAGACUGAUAGAGGUACACAUCAUACUGCUACUGGUCAACGCCAACCAACUACCUGCAAAUAAAAUGAGUGAGAGCGUAUUCGUUACAACAUCCGAUCAACCAAUGGUCCGUGGCGCUAGCAUACUACAAGUUCCGAGGACCUUCGCGUUGCUGAGGGUAGUUGAAGCGUCCUGCUCCGAAAUGCGUAUGAGCGGGGAGAAUAUCUCCAUGCUGCCACCAGCUCCGCAGCGCCAAUGGACCGUCAUCACUCGACUUAACGGUUUCAUCCACGGUGUCAUCCUCACUCGUAUCUCCACCUGGUACUGCAAAUGGACUGGCCUACCGCCACAGUCAAGUUGUAUCUACUAUCUUCCUUUCAACCUUGUACUCAAAUACUCCCAUGCCGUUCGGGAGGAUGAGGCGGUCGCCCAGUCUUUUGCCCACUCAAUCGGCUUACCAGCUCCUAGAGUCCUAUCAUAUGGAGAACGUGAGGUAUGGGAUCACUCGAUAAAGCGAAACUUCAGCUAUGGGUCAAUUCUGAUGACACGUGUUUCUGGACAAGUCCUUGAUGAUUGCCAUGAGUCUCUUGAGCCCUCCCAACUCGCAUCCAUCAUGUCCGACAUUGACAGUUGUCUUGCCGCGAUGCGUCGUUAUUCUAGCCCCUGGGGAUCUCAGGUAUGUUCUGUCCUUGGCGGCAGAGUUCAUGGUGCUCGAAUAGUAGGAGGUCGGAAUGGUCCUUACCCGGAUUCACUUGCGUUCAAUCACGACUACAUACAAUACAAGCAAACUGAGCGCUGGGAACGCGAACCCGUUGAGGAGGUGUUGGGCAAUGCGGAAAUGAUGAAUACAUUGAGUGCCAACCACCGAAUCGUAUUUACUCAUGGCGAUCUCCUCCCUCACAAUAUCCUCGUCCGUGAUGGUCGCCUCACAGCCAUCCUUGACUGGGAAUUUUCAGGCUGGUUUCCGGAGUAUUGGGAGUAUACGGAGAUGCAGAGGUUUAGUCCUCGAUACUUCUGGAGUCAACAGGUCGUUGCGUUGCCCAGUUACAAGUACGCUGCGGAGUUGAAAGCGAGCCGAGCGAUGUGGAUCCUUGCGUCGGAGUCGUUUAAUUGGUGGUAGAUCGCGUCGAUGCCUUUCAUAUUGUCCUCUGUAUGGAUCGAUCUAGGGAUUUCUGCUUUUAUCUCAGACGGGUGCUUAUCAUCGAUACCGAGGCGGCUUGCAAGAGCGUUCCUGUUUAUUUUGGUUUUGUUAACGUGUUGCUUGACUCACGCACCUGGGUUACGGUUAUGGCUACGCUCGCGAUUUAUCCUACGUAGUGUAGCACUGCGAGUACCAUGACAAGAGAGACUGCAGUGUCCGAAGGCGAGUGUUACAGUGCACAGGUAAGGAGGUCAUCCUGCAGAAGGAUGCUCCGGGGAAAGAUGAGGCUGGCGUGCAGAUCCAAUUUACAGUAAGGCAGAUUCCGACGACACGUAAGAUGAAGAUCUGCAGAAAUGGUGAAUGACGGCAAAAAGGAAC